UUUUUUCUUUUCCUUCUUUUUUUAAAAAACAAUGUCUGACGCUUCAAACUCAAAAAGACUGCCACGCAAUGCGGUGUCUAUACCUUGUCCAAAUGCCACUCUGGACUCAAGCGGAUAUCAUUAUGAUCAACGUAUAUCACCACCAUUGAACGGAUUUGUUGUAGGCUCAAUACCAACUGCUUCUCCCUCUGGAUAUAGCGCAUUUGACGUUGUAUUAGACGACGGCACUCUACAAAAAAGAACCGUCUCACUAUCAACCAUACCAGACGAUCCUGACUAUCAACAAGGAGAAGAAGAGGAGGACAAUGAACAAGCCAAUCAAUCGGAUCUUCACCACAGAGUAACAGAACGUCACUCAGGACAAGAAAGUCAAGAAAUCCAUGAUUCAACACCACUUCUAAAAGAUCAGAAAAAGAAGUCUUAUUCAAGUAUAGGCCCACAUACACAACAUUAUGAUUCGUCUCCAACGAUCACUUCAACAGAAGAAACAACGGACUCAGAUAAUUCUUCAUAUCUAUUUAAGAAGGGCAGUAACAAGCAUAAUUACAAACCGUUAACGACAUUGAAACCGAUGCCCAAAGAAAGUGGCGGAACAACAAUAAAGGAGAUUUACAUGAAACAAGUUCAACCUUUGUUUCAGCUCACGCCAGAGCAACGCCUUGUUCUGAAAUGUAGUUUUGCCUAUAUGUUAGGCAGCUUGUUUACUUUUAUACCAGCACUCAACAGCCUCAUAGGCAAUAAUCGUGUAUCUAGUCAUUUAGUAGCUACAGCUACUGUAUUCUUUAAUCCUGCAAAGAGCUUGGGCGGUAUGGUUGAGGCAGCUUGCUAUGGUUGGGGAUAUGUCUUGUUUGCUUUGGUGAUUUGCAUAGGGUCAAUGCUGACAACUGAUUUCUUUGUUGAUCGAAACAUGUUUGUCGUAGCACACUUGAUAUCUUUGGGUUUCUGGCUUACAGGAUCUACAUUUAUUGUUUCAUUUUUAAAAGCUCAUUGGAAUAAGCCUCCUGUUGCAACAGCUUCAAGUUUAUGUUUCAUCAUUAUUUUCAUCAUUGUGGUUCGAGAAGGCUCUGCCAACCUGGGCGACUUUGACACAACUCGUAUUGAACAGAUUACAACUGCAGUCGCUAUAGGUACAUUGGUAACCAUUUCUUGCUGCAUAUUGUUCUGGCCAGUUUCUGCAAGUAAGAAACUAAGGAAUGGCCUUGAAGCAACUCUUGCGUCGUACAAAGUUCUAUUGAAACUGUUAACCAAGACUUUUCUACUGGAUGAUGAUUUGCCUGAAUUCAAAGCAAACCAUUCACUCAAGAAAGCAAUUGAAUCACACAGAGCGAGUUUUAACUCUUUGCAAAAAUCACUACAAGAAGCAAAGCUAGAAGUCAUUUGGAACGAUGAAGUUCGUGGUUGCACAAGAGAAUAUGAUGCCGUUGUGAAAAAUAUGCAGCGUUUAGCGCAAUCCAUGGAUGGUCUGAGAAGCAGUUGUGGUCUUCAGUUUGAAUUAAUGCAACAAGAUCAGACAGGUCAAGUGAGCAGUUCAUCAUUCUCAUCGCUCGCAUCAACACAAAAAAAGAGAAAAAUAAACAAACAAUCACGAAAAAAGCGUAAUAAACAUAAACACACAAAAGCAACAUGGAACAUCAAAGCAGAUCAUCAUCGACGCAAAUUUGAAGGUGAAAUCAAACGUCAAAAACACCACUAUGACUUGACAAAAGAACAAGCAUAUCACUCUGAAGAAGAUAACGAAGACGACACACUGAUUGAAUUCAUUCAUACAAUACGCCAACCACUGAAAUCGCUUGCGUAUACAUGUAAACAAACUAUUUAUCACCUUCAAAUGGGAUUUAGUGGAACUCAAUCACCUGCAAGGCCCAGUGAUGAAACGCUAAAAACAAAUUUGAUCAAAGCUAUCGCCUUAUUUGAAGUGUCUCAACGACAAGCAGUGAAGCGCCUAAACUAUCAUCGUGCUCAAUACCAUCAAGACUCUUCUUAUAUUCCUCAAGAAAACGUAUUUCUGGUUUAUUUCUUUGUAUUUAACAUGAUUGAGUUUGCAAGAGGAUUGAUUACCCUUGUAGAGUCUGUUCAGGCAUUGUCCGAUGCAAAACAAAAGAAGCGUUCCUUCGCAUUUGUACCUAACGAGAGACACAAAAUGGAUACAUUACACACGCCUAUACCCAAAACCAAGUGGAGGCAAAUGGUGCUUAAGGUCUGGCGCAUCUCUUCGUUAUUCAAACUUCAGAAAGUGAGGUAUGCUACAAAAGCAACGAUUGCAGUCAUUUUGCUUGCUUUGCCUGCUUUUACAGACUCAAUUGGCCCUUGGUUUCGUGAAUGGCGUAUGGAAUGGGCCCUUAUUACUUUGAUGGUCGUUAUGACAACUACUGUAGGAGGAACAAAUCUGGUAGCUAUUUAUCGUAUUUUUUCUACUGCAUUAGGAUGCUUUGUUGCCAUGUGUCUUUACCUCUUAUUUCCGGGAAAUAUGUAUAUUCUCAUUUUUGGCACUUGGUUGUUCUCUAUACCCAAUUUUUGGAUUAUUCUCAACCAUAAACAUGGAAAAUUUGGCCAGUUUACACUGCUUGCUUACAACCUGGUUAUGCUUAACAAAUACAAUGAUAGAGAUACAAAUCGGGUACAGGCAACUCAACUUGCCUUACAAAGAUGUUUUUCGAUUUUUGUCGGUGUCAUUUUUGGUCUGUUUGCCACAGCUUAUGUUUGGCCUUAUGAAGCACGUGUAGAACUUCGCAAAGGAGUAUCUGAUUUCUUAUUGAAACUAGCUUGGCUUUACAAAAAACUUGUUUCUGUUUAUUCUGAAAAACCUCAAGAUAGUGAUCCUCAACAGCUGCAAUUAGCAAGAGAACAAAAAUCGCAAGCGCUGAUGGAUCUGGAGCUUGGAUUACAACGUGCUUUAUUAGAACUUCAAGAAUUGUUGAAACAGACACCCAAUGAACCUCGGUUGAAAGGUGCUUUUCCUGUAUCGACAUAUAGUGAUAUGCUGGCUUCACUCCAAAAUAUCACGGACAAGUUUGCUGCCAUGCGUGCUGUCAUUCUAAAAGAUGCAUGGUUUGAGCAAGUACAGCGUGACUUCAUUGUGCCUGUCAGCCAAGAAAGACGCGAAAUGGUAGGCAAUAUAUUACUCUACUUUUACAUCCUAGCUUCAGCUAUGAAACUCAAGACACCAUUACCGCCUUACUUGCCUCCAGCAAGAAAAGCAUGGGAGUCAUUGAUUUUGCGAUUACGUCAAUUGCCUGUUGUACAAUCAAAGAAACUAUUAGAAAAGGAUCAUAUUUAUUUGUUUUAUUAUGUCUAUGUUACUGCACUAGAGGACAUCAUCCGAGAAUUGGAUAAACUUGGUGCUAAUAUGACUUUGUUGUUUGGUGCCAUUGUGCCUGAGGAACAAUGGGAUGGCUUGUUUGAAGACUAUGAUAUCGAACAAAAUAACAAGACGAUUUCUUAGUCUACUUUUAUUAUUAUUAUUAUUAUUGAUAAAAUUAAGCAGUAAUUGUAUCUUCUCGUGGAGGCUCUAAAUUUAAAG